AGUCCGUGAUGCGGGGAGAGCUGGGCUGUGCUCCUUUCCAACUACUGUUUCUCCCCAGAGGUUUUUAGAACAGCCACUCUUAGACUUGUCAUGGAAUUAAAGAAAACUACCUCCAGGGCGUACAAUGCUGCUCUCCUGCUGCCACUUUUCCUCUUAUUUUGGGGAACUUCAUACUCUGAAAAUGAUGGUGGCUGUUCCUCGUCCCCAUGCCAAAACGGUGGGACCUGUAAAGAUCUGGAAGAGGGCUACGAGUGCAUCUGCCCCGUGGCACCCGUAGCCUACAGCGGCACGAACUGUGACGCGCUCUAUGACGCGUGCAGUGAACACAAGUGUCCUGCCCAUGGGAUUUGUGUCGGGACUCCAGGACUCCUGGAAUAUGAGUGCGUCUGUAUGCCUGGCUUCACAGGUAUUGAUUGUACCGUUAAUGUUAAUGAGUGUGAGAGCAACCCCUGUAAAGACCCUCGUUUUGAAUGUGUAGAUAGUGUAAAUGGCUACACCUGUAAAUGCCAAACAGGACUGAAUGGAGAAGGCUGCCAAACAGAAAGCUCUGUGUGCUCUAGCCACCCCUGCCUAAAUAACGGGACGUGUGUCGAGGGUCCUGGGGACUAUACCUGCGUCUGCCAGCCUGGCUUCACCGGGGCCAACUGCAGAGACAACAUUGAUGAGUGCGCCUCGAAGCCCUGCCAGAACGGAGCCAUCUGCCGGGACAGGGUGGAUGGGUAUGGCUGUUUCUGUGUGCCGGGCUUCCAAGGAUACAACUGUGAGAUAGACAUCAACGAGUGUGCGUCCCGGCCCUGUAGGAACAAUGGCACCUGCCUGAAUGAGAUGGAUCGCUAUGUGUGCGAGUGCGCCCCCGGCUACACAGGUGUGAACUGUGAUGCUGAAAUAGAUGAAUGUGCUUCAGACCCUUGCCAGAAUGGGGCCUUGUGCCAUGAUCACGUUGGGUUCUACACCUGCACCUGUGCACCAGGUUACCAAGGGAUCCACUGUGAGGAAGACAUCGAUGAAUGUGAGAGCCAACCAUGCCAGCACAAUGGGACGUGUCAUGACCUCAUUAACGGCUACCAUUGUGACUGCAGUGAGACAGGCUUCGAGGGGGACCACUGUGAGCUGGACAUCCUGGAGUGUGCCUCUCAGCCCUGUCUGAACAAUGCCACGUGUGUGGAGGGGAUCAAAAGCUACAGCUGUGCCUGCUGGCCAGGUUACACGGGGCAGCACUGUGAGGAGGAUGAGGAUGAGUGUGCAGCAGCUCCCUGUCACAACGGAGGGCUCUGCUACCAGCGCUCCCACCCAGCCCACUACGGAACACGCCCGGACUUCCCCAGUAACUUCAGCUACAGCCAAGCAGCUGGUUUCCUCUGUUGGUGCCAGCCAGGCUUUACAGGGGAGACCUGUGUUACCAACAUUGACGAGUGUGAGUCCCAGCCCUGUCAGAACGGAGGGCUCUGCGUGGACCUCACCAACGGCUUCCUUUGUCACUGCCCAGCAGGUUAUUCAGGUGUGGAGUGUGCUGUUAACAUCAAUGAGUGUGAGGAGGGUCCCUGCAAGAAUGGAGCUGUCUGUGAGGAUGGCAUUGCUGACUAUACCUGCCACUGUGCCCCUAGCCAGGAUGGCAUUGUAUGGGGAGGGAAGAACUGCUCUGUCAAGCUCACUGGGUGCCAGACGCACGACUGCCAAAAUGAGGCCUUGUGCAUCCCAACCUACCAAGCUGAGAGCCACGGCCACCUGUGCCAGUGCCAGCCUGGUUUCUAUGAUGCCACAUGCUCAACACCAACAACGUUUUCCUUUGCUUCCAGAGGGUAUCUGCUCAUUGAGCUGCCCGUGAGCAAUCAGAGCAGGAGGGACGCAGCAGGAGGCCAGCUUGCCAGCGUGUCCCUCCGCUUCCGCACCACCUUGCCCAGCGCUAUCCUUUUUUAUCGAGGCCACGAAGCUGAGUACUUGUUCCUGGAGCUCUGUGGGGGCAUCCUGCACGCAGCACUGAAGAGGGAGGACGUUGGGUAUGAGCUGCUCCUGGAGGGGCUGAGAGUGGACGAUGGCCAGUGGCAUAAAGUCGAAGUUGCUGUGCACAGCAGCACUGUGCAGCUAAGGCUCUGGCAUGGCUCCUGUGACGCAGGAGUCUGCCUGCAGAGCUCUCCAGUCCCACGUGGCCCCACUUCCAUCCCACAUGCCUUCCUGAACGUGUAUGUUGGAGGUGCUGACGAUCCCAUGGCCAACAACACGCAGAGCCAGCAAGGCUUUGUUGGCUGCCUGGAGGACCUCCAGGUAGAUGCUGAAGCUGUGCUCCCCGGGGAUCUGCCUGCGGGCGAGUCGUCCCCAGUGAAGCGGGGCUGCGACCGGACGGAGUGGUGCCUCUCCCAGCCCUGCUUCCAUGGAGGGCUCUGUGUGGACCUCUGGGCAACCUUCAGGUGCGAGUGCUCUAGGCCUUACGGAGGCCCUGCUUGCACGGAUGAGCGCCCAGCAGCAACAUUUGGCCUAGAGAACUCCACCAGCUUUGCCUCUUUCAACCUUUCUGACAGCCUUGGUGAAAACUUCAACAUCUCCUUUUUCAUUCGUAGUCGGAAACCGAACGGUUUGCUUCUGCAAAUCAGCAACGAAACUGACCCCUGCCUAACCAUUUACUUGAAGGAUGGCAAACUGAAGAUAGAGACGGUAUCUACAGAUGCUGUGACCUUUCCAGAAAAUCUAGUUGAUGGGAGAAGACAUUUGGUAGUUCUGUCUUUCCAAGGAGGAACUGUUGGUGCUCACCAGUCAGACACAUACCUGGAGCUAGGACAGCUCCUAGCAAGACCUCUUUUAGCUGGUGAUGAGGUGUAUGUCGGUGGACAUCCUGACCCAGACAGCACUGAUAUGUGGGGAGGCUACUUUAAAGGCUGUUUGCAAGACAUCCAACUGAACAGCCACCAAAUACAGCUUUUUGAGGUUGACAACUACAGUCUGCCACAGGAACUCAACAGGGCUCAGGCUGGUAAUCUUGUGAAUGGCUGCAUCUCUGAUAACACCUGCAAGUCUGAACCAUGUCAGAAUGGUGGCAGAUGCAUUGUCACUUGGAAUGAUUUCCAUUGCAGCUGUCCAGCAAAUUUCACUGGGAAAUUUUGUGAAGAGAGAGUCUGGUGUCAGAGUGACCCGUGUCCUGAAGCUACCACCUGUAUGGAUGUUCCAGCAGGAUACGUGUGUUUGGCCAAUGCAACAUUUAAUAGUUAUGGUGCCGUUGAAUUUACCAGCAAUACAUCAGUGACCAGAACUCUGAGCAGCCUCCACGUGGAUUUCAGGACUAGGGAUGAAGAUGCUGUUUUGCUUCGGGCUGUGGAGGAAGUGGAUUCCCUCCAGAUAGCCAUUAAGAACUCCUCCCUGCUCGUUGACAUCAGGAGUGGGAAUAGCAUCGAAGGCGUCAGGUUCCUGAGCCAGCAGUCGGUGGCGGACGGCGCCUGGCACACGGUGGCGGUGGCGAUGGAGGAGCCGGCUGCGCUCUCCUCCAGGUGGCAGCUCCGCUUGGACGGCGCCGUUAACGUGACUCUGCAGGGGAACGCCGGGAACCUGGACUUCCUGAAGAGCAACGCAGCGGUCGUCGUGGCUGAGAAUUUCACGGGCUGCCUGGGGCGGGUGGCGGUCGGGGGCAUCUACCUGCCCUUCGGCGCCCGCGGCGCCUUCCCGCAGCCGGAG